UUAGAAUCUGCACCACCUCUCCGUAGUUCUGCUCUUUGAUCUGCAGUCACACAGGUGCGCCAUGCUGUGUCCUCUGCAAGGCGCCGGCGGAAAGUCUCGAGCCGGCCCCCCAGGUGAUUUUGUUAUUUUGCCAUAGAAACGAGGUAGCACUAUUUGGAAUACCCGCACUUUGCUGCUGCAAGAGUAUGCGCAUGCGCAAAUUGGGCCGCGCGUGCGAUGAAGCGGAUUCUCUCACUGUGCUACAGAAGGGGAUUUCUGAUCAAGAGAGACACUGCAGUAGAGGGUACGAGAGACUUUGAUUAUGGUCCCAGCGGAACCGCGCUCAAGCGGAACCUCGUCGACGAAUGGUGGAGAUCAGUCGUGACAUCAACUGGAAAUGUGUAUCCUUUGGACUCCAGCAUAAUCUCUGACUCUAGGCUACAAGAGAAUGACAAUUUCCUUCUAUCGAGACGUGAAAAAACCUCAGAGCAACACUUGCUACGAUCAACAGUCUGCAGCAUGCGUCUAGUUGAGAAGUGUAUUGAGAUUUUCGGGCAGAGUCUCCCGUUUGGAGUGGCUGAAUGUGGGAGAGCAUUCGGUGCUACUUUAAAACCAUCAGAAUAUCCACUGAGGCACGAGGAAGGUGAGCAUAUGGGUGUGGUGUUUCUGUGCCAACCAACAGAAGACCAGCAGUGGUACUACCAUUGGCAGAAGGCCCGGUUGAGGUGGUGGAAGAAAUUGGCUGCCAAUCCUGAGAACUUCUCUCUGGUCGAAACCCCAACUUCAGAGCUUCCCGGACACACACUAAAAGAAAGCUUCAUCAAAUACAAGUUUCCCUGGGGCCCUGCAGUAGUGGAGCAGAUAUCUAACACUGGAGACUCUCAGUUUCAGAGGAUGGACGAUGAAACAAGAGCUCGCUUCAAGAUUGCGAAAGGUCUCGAUGGAAGGACGUAUCCUCACCGAUUGUCACUGUCAGCCAGUGUUGAUAAAGGUCUAUUUGCAUACAUCUGUGAUGCCUACAGUGAGACCUGGAGACCCUACGGUCCAGACCAUGAACUGAAACAGUGUGUUGUCCUCAGACUCCACUCUUGUCUCUCUCCCCGGAUUGUCGCAGUUCUUCCUGCCACAGACGACACCAGGGUCUCCACAUAUUGCAGAAUGCUGACUGAGGAGUUGAGGACAGUUGGUAUAGUCUCGUCACUGAGUAGAGUUGGAGCGUUCCCAUACAGACUAGCACUAGAAGACGAAAUGGGGACACCCUAUCGUAUCAUAGUUGACGAGAAGACUCUGGAAGCUGGGAUACUGGCUCUCCAGGACAGAGACACUGCUGCAAUGGUCUGACACGGAAUACGCUACUAAUUGAUCCUAACGUUUUUUUAUUCAACGUCCACAGGAAGACAUGGCUGGUCGUGAUGUACUUCAGUCCCUGCAGAGAAUGCUCUCUGCCGCCAGACUCAGUAUUCAUUCCCCCACCUUCUCCAGAUGACACACCCAUCACCACACACACACAUCACAUCAUGGACCCACGACUACACACACAAAUCAGAAAUCAGAAUCUCAAUUUUUAUCCAUAAGACAUAAAAAUAA